CUCUUACCUAAUUUCAAUUCACAAUUCCAUUGCAAAUGUUCCUUUACAUUUGCUUCAUUUUUUAGAGGACAUACAGUGAGGAGAUGGAAGAGGAAAAUGUAACAUUGCUGACAGCGUUUGUUCUCACGGGAUUUUUACAUCAACCUGACUGUAAAAUACUGCUGUUCCUGGCAUUCUUGGUAAUAUAUAUCAUCACAAUCAUGGGGAAUCUUGGUCUAAUUUUUCUCAUCUGGAAUGACCCUCACCUUCAUAUUCCAAUGUACUUAUUCCUUGGGAAUUUAGCUUUUGUGGACGUUUUGUUAUCAUCCACAGUGACUCCGAAGAUGCUAAUCAACUUCUUAGCUAAGAGUAAGAUGAUAUCUUUCUCUGAAUGCAUGAUACAGUUUUUUUCCUUUGGAAUGACUGUAACCACAGAAUGUUUUAUCUUGGCAACAAUGGCAUAUGAUCGCUAUGUAGCCAUAUGCAAACCAUUACUUUAUCCAGUCAUUAUGACAAACGAACUAUGCAUUAGGCUAUUGGUCUUUUCAUUUCUAGGUGGCCUUCUUCAUGCCUUAAUCCAUGAAGGUUUUUUAUUCAGACUAACCUUCUGUAAUUCCAACAUAAUACAACACUUUUACUGUGACAUUAUCCCAUUGUUAAAGAUUACCUGUACUAAUUCCUUUAUUAACUUUCUAAUGAUUUUUAUUUUUUCAGGUUCAAUUCAAGUUUUUACCAUUGGAACUAUUCUUGUAUCUUAUACACUUAUCCUCUUAACAAUCUUAAAAAAGAAAUCUAUCAAAGGUAUACGAAAAGCUGUCUCCACGUGUGGAGCUCAUCUCUUAUCUGUAUCCUUAUACUAUGGCCCCCUUGCCUUCAAGUAUCUGGGCUCUGCAUCCCCACAAGCAAAUGACCAAGAUAUGAUGGCGUCGCUAUUUUACACUGUCAUAGUUCCUUUAUUUAACCCUAUCAUCUACAGCCUGAGAAACAAGAAAGUAAUAGAUUCAUUCACAAAAAUGUUCAAAAGAAAUGUUUAGAUAUCAUAUCAUCUCUCUUCUCUAUUUACUAAAAUUGUCACUAAGGUUGUGCAAGUUAGAGGUGUCUAUGUUUUGUCAGCAUUCAAAGA